AGACGUUGACUCAGUUUCUGUUUUCCUGGAAAUUAUCAAUAGGAAUUACAGAAUCAGAGGAAUCCAGUUCCUGAAAAUUAUUGUUAUAGGCUGCAACGAAUUUUCUCAAUUUUGCCUAUAUGUCACUUUCCACUUUCAAAGCCUUUAAAGAAACCCUAAGGUCCUGUAAAAACCUCUCAUCAUCAUCAUCAUCAUCAUCUUCUUCACUUUUUGCAGAACCGUUUUCGCAAGAAUCAGAAACCGAAAUAGUUAUCCCAAGAAAGCCUCCAAAAUCCUCUCUUUCGAAGCAGAUUCAACGUCUUGGAGACUGUUUCCCUUCGCUGCAACAAUCUCAAUCACAACACUUUGAUACCCAACAGUCCGUAAAGCUCCCGAGCCUCGGAAACCAAUCCCAAGUUGAGAAAAAUGAAGAUGAAUUGGAGGAAGAAGAGGAGGAAAGAGAAUUUGAGAAUUUUGGGAGACCAGAAUUGGAUCAGUUUCAGUUUGAUCAUACAGGACCCUUUGAGCCAUUGGUCCUUUCUUUGCCUGGAGAGGUACCUAUUGUACAGGUUCCUGCAUCUAUCAACUCCAGGUUGUUUGAACAUCAAAAGGAGGGAGUAAAAUUCUUGUAUAAGCUAUACAGAAACAAUCAUGGAGGUGUUCUUGGUGAUGACAUGGGGCUGGGCAAGACUAUACAGACAAUAGCAUUCUUGGCAGCUGUUUUUGGGAAAGAUGGAGAAUCUGCUGAUUCCAUAAUAUUAAGGGAUGAUCAGGUAGGGAAAAAAGGCCCUGUGCUAAUAAUUUGCCCCACUUCUGUCAUCCAUAACUGGGAGACUGAAUUCUCCAGGUGGUCAACCUUUAAUGUCUCUCUUUACAAUGGUGCAUACCGUGAUUUGAUUCUUGAGAGAUUAGAAGCAGGUGGAGCCGAAAUACUGAUUACCAGUUUUGACACAUACAGAAUUCAUGGGAGAAUUUUGUCAGAGUUUAAAUGGGAGAUUGUCAUUGUUGAUGAGGCUCACCGGCUUAAAAAUGAGAAAUCAAAAUUGUAUGGAGCAUGUUUAGAAAUUAACACUAGGAAACGAAUUGGUUUAACAGGAACUAUUAUGCAGAAUAAAAUUAUGGAACUUUUUAAUCUCUUUGACUGGGUUGCACCUGGAUCAUUGGGAACAAAAGAACAUUUUAGGGAGUUUUAUGAUGAACCUCUUAAGCAUGGCCAGAGGGCAACUGCACCUGAAAGAUUUGUCCGGGUUGCCGAUGAGCGUAAAGAGCACCUGGUGGCAGUUCUUCAGAAAUAUAUGCUUAGGAGGACAAAGGAGGAGACUAUUGGGCAUCUGUUGUUGGGAAAGGAAGAUAAUGUUGUAUUCUGUGCCAUGAGUGAAUUACAAAAACGGGUUUAUACGAGAAUGUUACAAACGCCAGAGGUCCAGUGUCUUAUAAAUAAGGACCUUCCAUGUAGUUGUGGUAGCCCCCUUAAACAAGUAGAAUGCUGCAAAAGGAUCGUACCAGAUGGAAUUAUAUGGCCUUACCUUCACAGGGAUAACCCUGAAGGUUGUGAUUCUUGCCCCUUUUGCCUUGUACUUCCUUGCCUUAUCAAGCUCCAACAGAUAAGCAAUCACCUAGAGCUGAUUAAGCCUAACCCUAGGGAUGAACCAGACAAACAAAGGAAAGAUGCAGAGUUUGCCUCUGCUGUCUUUGGUACUGACAUUGAUUUGGUGGGAGGGAAUGCCCAGACUGAGAGUUUCAUGGGCCUGAGUGAUGUUAAACAUUGUGGAAAAAUGCGAGCAUUGGAAAAGUUAAUGUCCUCCUGGGCUUCUCGAGGUGACAAACUUCUUCUCUUCAGCUACUCAGUGAGGAUGCUAGACAUAUUGGAAAAGUUUCUCAUACGUAAAGGGUAUAGCUUUUCGAGACUUGAUGGUUCUACUCCAACUAACUUGCGCCAGUCUAUGGUUGAUGACUUCAAUUCGAGCCCAAGCAAACAGGUGUUCCUCAUCUCAACUCGAGCUGGUGGGCUUGGGUUGAAUCUUGUAAGUGCAAAUCGUGUGGUUAUAUUUGAUCCAAACUGGAAUCCUGCCUAUGAUUUGCAAGCCCAGGACAGGUCAUUUCGUUUUGGGCAGAAGCGGCAUGUUGUAGUUUUCCGCCUUCUUGCAGCUGGGUCAUUUGAGGAACUUGUUUAUACCCGUCAAGUGUACAAACAGCAGCUGUCAAACAUUGCUGUCUCAGGGAAAAUUGAAAAACGUUAUUUUGAAGGUGUCCAGGAUUGUAAGCAAUUUCAGGGUGAGCUUUUUGGAGUCUGCAAUCUGUUCCGUGAUCUAUCUGAUAAGCUUUUUACCAGUGAAAUCAUUGAAUUGCAUGAGAAACAGGGAAAAGAUGAUGGACAUUGCUCUACUACAAAGCAUGAACUACCUGAAAUUGCGAGUUGUUUUCUUCCUGAAAUUGCGAGUUGUUUUCUUCCUCAGAAACAAGUUGGUGCAACAAGUUUAUCGGAGUCGGAGAUCAACAGGUCAAGUGAUGAUAACAGUGCUACCAAAAAUAAACCUGUUCUUGAGGAGUUAGGUAUUCUAUAUGCUCACCGUAAUGAGGACAUAAUCAAUUGUCGACCUGGCGUCAGAAAGAGCAAGGAAGAAAGCAUCUCAAAAAUUGUUAGCUUGACUGCCCCUGCUAAGAGAAGGAAAUCAGAUGACGGAGGUGAGAAAGAAAAUGCCUCGUCAUCCAAGGAUCAGAAAAAGAUCCAAUAUAGCCUCCUUGCAGAAUUCAUGGGUAUGGGAGAGGUUGAAUUUAGCAAGUGGGUACUAUCUGCAACUCCUGGAGAAAAGGAGAACGUGCUUCAACAAUUUACGAAGAGAAAGAAGGUACCCAAUGGUUGAAGGAUAGUCUUCUCGCAGAAUGUUAAGAAAAAACUGUAUAGUACAUAUUCUAUUUGUUUUUAACUUUAGCUCUAUGUAUAUCCGAUUCAUUGUAUAGUUACUGUAGUAUUAUAACCCUUCUACUAGCUUGAGAAAUAGGCAUCCAGUGGUGAUUCCAAUGUAAAUGUAUUUCAUCAUAGUUUCAAGCCGUUUAGCUUGUUUGAGUUACAUUUCA